AAGGUUUUUUAUUUAUUUUUGUUAAAUUAUUGUUUCAGUCUUAUUUUUAUGGCUCGUCAUGUGGAUUUAACAGUUUUUUAAGAUGUUAGAAUAAUGCAGUUUGUAAACAACUUGCUCUCUAACGUCGUUUUUUAUAGCAAGUUAGCCAUAGAGAAGGAAUCACAUGCGUAAACCUACAGGCUGGGCUUCAUUUGUGUUAUAAAUAAAACAAAACACUUGAUUCAUUUGCAAUGUCAGCGCAAAAAGACUGUGAGUUUUUGGUGAAGAGAGCCCGGGAGCUGGUGUGUGAGGAUCCAUGUGCGGCCAAAGCCUGGCUCAUCACAGCCAGAACGCUCUACCCCUCAGACUUCAACAUCCAGUAUGAAAUGUACAUCAUUGAACGCAAUGCAGAGAGGACGGCCUCCGCGGGGAGACUGCUCUAUGACAUGUUUAUGAACUUUCCAGAGCAACCCAUUGUUUGGCGCGAGAUUAGUGUCAUUACAGCUGCUCUGCGCAGCGACUCCCAAGAUAAACAUGCACAGUUUCUGCGAGGGCUUUUUGAGACAUUGCCAGGUCGUGUGCAGUGCGAAAUGCUAUUGAAAGCCACAGAGCAGUGUUUCAACACUUUAGAGAAAGCAGAGAUGCUUCUACUCCUUCUGAAACGCUUUCCAGAAUCUGUGGUUCAACACGGGGUCAGUUUAGGAGAAACAUUGUUGGAGGCAGAGGCAUCAGAGAAUGUUGAGACUCCUGUCAACUGCUUCAGAAAACUUUUUGUCUGUGAUGUCCUUCCUUUGGUAAUAAACAACAUGGACAUGCGCCUGCCUGCAAGCCUAAUGCAGAAAUAUAUACUGAAAGCAGCUGAAUUCUACAUUGGUUAUGUUACCCGUGGACCUUCACCUGAUGUGCAGAUACAAAGCACCCAAGAAAGCGGGGCCCUGAAGUCGCCUGGUGUGUCCCGCGGCUCCCAGCGGUAUGUGAUUGAUGGCCUGUCGGAAAAAUCAUCAGUCGUAGCAGAACCCUGGGAAAGGCUGCUUGAUAUCCUGGCUGUGGUUGGAGCGCGCUGUGAAUGGCAGGGAGACAAGGGGCAGAGGAGUUACGUGGAAAUGCUGCAGAGAGUGAAGGAGCUGUGCCGCUACCUGCCCAGUCUGGAGGGCGACACCAGGUCCCGCUACUGCAGUCAGGUGGUCAUUUGUGCGGCGCUCGUCCUCUUCCGCAGCGCCUUUCUUUAUGUCUCAGCUGUCCAACCAGCACUGUUCCAGGGGGUCAAUGCGAUGAGUUCAGGGCCGUGGAUCCUGGUGGAGGAUAUGAGUUCAGUGUACACUGAUGUGGAGUUAGAUAAAGGAUCAGCGAAACAUGUACAAAAGAAGCGCAAACUUGCUGAAGGGAGAGAGAAGACAAUGAGCUCUGAUGAUGAGGAAGGUUUGGGAAAAGCCCGUGGUCGACACAUUUUAGUCACCAAGACUGAGAUGCCCAACUGGUCAGAGACUCUGGAGAGCUUUCGCACUGCAAGAGAAAGCUGGGAUCUCCUUCACUCUCAUGAUGGUCUGGAAACUGAGUUCAAGAAGAUCUGUGCCUCGUGGAAGACGGACAGCUGGUUGUGGUUUAGAAUAUUCCUCACUGACAUGAUUAUGUACCAGGGCCAGUAUCGUAAGGCGCUCUCCAGCUUGCACCAGAUGACUGCAGUGCAGCAGCCUCCGCCGGGGCAGCAGAGCCCGUCAGGUCAAAGCAGCCUGGAGCACCACAGGGUGCUCAUACAGCAGGCGUCCUGCCACUAUGCACUGGGCGAGUACAGGAUGGCGUGUGAGAAGCUGCUUGACGUUGUCAACGGACUAGUUCCCUCAAACCAAGAGCUGCCAAAGGCCCCAGAAGAUCAGGGUAGAUUCAAGACCAAAAGUAGGAAAGGUAAUGACCUGAGACUGGUUCCUUGCACCAACAAAGCUGUUUUACCCUUCUGUUUCCAGCUAAUGCUCGCUUGCUUCAAGCUCCGAGCCUUUACAGAUCAUCGGGACGACCUGUCCCUCGGUCACGUGGUGGUGCUCCUGCAGCACGACUGGCCACAGGGCGAGACGCUGUUUCUAAAGGCAGUGGAUAAAAUCUGUCAGCAAGGCAGUUUCCAGUAUGAGAAUUUCUUCAACUAUGUCACCAACAUUGACAUGCUGGAGGAGUUUGCAUACCUACGGACUCCAGAGGGAGGGAGGAUCCAGCUGGAGCUUCUGCCCAACCAGGGAAUGCUAAUUAAACACCACACAGUGACUCGAGGAAUCACCAAAGGAGUGAAGGAGGAUUUUCGUCUGGCCAUGGAGAGGCAGGUGUCACGCUGUGGAGAGAACCUGUUCAGUGUGCUCCACCGUUUCUGCAUUAAUGAGAAAAUCAUCAUCAUCCAGUCCCUUCCUUGACCGCUGGUCUGCGGCUUUCCAACCUUUCCACUGGCACAAUUAUAAUCCAGUUGGACUUUAAAAACGGGACAUGCAGCUCUGUUGUCUUCAUCAUCCAUCACUGAACUCUUGAUUAAAGAAAAAGAAUAUUUUUCCCUUCAAAGAAUGUGAACAUGUCUUAUCAGAGAGCCAUGGAUGACAACAACAGACAUGCAACACUGCUGUCACUUCCAGAGUACAGUAUCUGUUGCUUUUUUCUGAAUAAGAAAAUUGUUAAGGUGUUAACAACCAGUAAUGUGCUAAAUUACAACACUUAACAUUUGUGAAGUGGGUGUCUUGUUAACAAAAGAAUCAAAUGCAUUUUGGUAUUUUUUUGUAAAGUUUAAUGUAUUUGCUUCAGUCUUGAUCAAAUUGUCAGUUUACAUAGAUUUUCCAUUAAAUGUUAAUCAAAUG